AUGACAAGCAGCACGAGCACAGGCACGGGAGGCGGCAACGACGGCGUGCGCGCUGCCAGGACCUGGUGGGCGACGACGCUGGGCAACGCGCACGGAUCAGCGGCCUUUGGCCCGCCGACGCCCGCGGCGGUGCAAGAGGCGCGCGGCUACUACUUUGACGAGGACGAGGCAGGCGAGGCAGGCGAGGCAGGCGAGGCAGGCGAGGCGCACCAGCGGAGCAGGCCUGCGAUCAAGGACGGCGGCGAGGACAAGGCGCGGUCGAGGAGCGCAGACUCGGACGCCACGCUCGUCGAUGCCGAUGGGGCGUGCGACAAAGAAGAAGGGGCAGAGGAGGCAGCGUUUGCCGUCGAUGGCUCGAGUCGGGGCGUAAUUCGGAGGCGCGGCGUGGAAGACGAGGACGAGGCGGGCGGAUGGCGAAUGACGGACCGGGAGCUGUACCACCGGCUGCAGAACCUGAGCCGGUAUCCACGCUCGACGAUUGCCAUUGCGCGGCGGCGCCUCCUCGUCGAGAUGGCCCAUGUGCUACGUACGGUCGACUGCAAAGACCCCAGCUCAAUUCUCUCGCUGCCCACGCGCUUCGAUGCGUGCGCGCUCGACGGCUUUCUCACGGCACAGCACGCGGCGACCUCGGACAAGUUUCGCGCCUACUCGCAGCGCCGGCAGGCCGCCUUUCAGCAGGCACGGCGCGAGGGCAGGAGCAUGCGCGAGGCGCGCACGGCCGGCUGCGAGAUGUUCGACGGUGGCCAGGCCCAGUGCAUCGAGUGGCUCCGCCGCGCCAGCGUCGUCAAGUACGUCGACGGCAGCUGGCUGGCCCACCUGCUGCGCACCACGACGGGCUGUAGCGGCGGCAGCGGCGGAUCCAGCGACGGCUCCAGCGGCGGCUCCAGCGACGGCUCCAGCGACGGCUCCAGCGACGGCUCCAGCGACGGCUCCCUCACCGGCUCUGGCCGCGGCAGCCUCUCCCUCGCGGCCCAGCGCAGGGCAGCACGGGCCUGCUGGCAGGUCAUGAGCGAGGAGCUGGGCGACGGCGAGCUGGAGCGCAGCCACGUGGCCAUCUACGAGGCCCUCAUGGACCGCCUCGAAGGCGCUGGCGUCUCGGCGCCGCCCAAGGGCGAGGAGCGCGCCUUUACCGAGUAUGCGCCCGCGGGCGACGGGGCUAGCAGGAGGAAGGAAAAGGGGGACAACAAGGAGGAGAAAGAGGGCAAGGGCCGGCCAAGCGACUCGCAGGGCAAUGCGCGCUGCUGGCGCGCCGCCGUGGUGCAGCUGAGCCUCUCGGCCUCGCCGCUCGAGUUCCUGCCCGAGGCCCUGGGCUUCAACAUGGCCUACGAGGGCCUGCCCUACCACCUCCUCGUCUCUGCGAGCGAGAUCGAGGAGCUGAUCGACGCCGACGCCGCCGCCUACUUUUGGCUCCACGUCUCCAUCGACAAUGCCGACUCGGGCCACGCGGCCAUGGCGCGCCUCGCCGUCGUCGACUUUCUGCGCGCGGCUGCAAAGGAAAAGGGCACGCAGUUUGGCGACGAGAUGUGGGCCCGCGUCAAGCUUGGCUAUGCCCUCGCCGAGGCGGUGCCCACGACGCCGGUGCUGUCUUCUUCUCCUUGUGAACCCAACGAUGCCACGCCGCCCCACCUCACCAGCACGGCCCUCGCGCGCGACGACGUCGAUCCACCGUCGGCGGCCGAGGCACGCGCAGCCGAGACGCGCAGGCGCAGCGUCGAGGCCACGCUGCGCAACAAGGCAGCGACGGCCUUUGGCGUCCACGCCUCGGUGCAUGCCCAGCUGGCCGGCCGGAGCGUGUCCGACUGGCUGGAUCCGGCGCACAUCGACGAGAAUGCGCCCAAGCUCGUCGCCGCCAUUGCAUCCAGCCCCGUCUGGACGCAGCCGGGCGACGCAGCGGCCAGCCGGUUCGUGCGCGAGUUUGAGUGGGGCGGCAAGAUGUUUGGCGCCAUGACGGCACGCGAGGUCGAUGGGCUCAAGGCCUGGGUCAAUGGCUUACCACGCCGGCACGCGACCAUCGAUGAUGAUGAUGAUGAAACCCUCCUCUUCCAGGGCGACAGGCUCAAGCAGGCGGCCAUCGACGUCGUUGGCGACUACCUGGCCCAGCACAGUGCCGCCAGCGAGACGCGCUUCGUGCCUGACGAGUCGCUGCGGCCCAUCUACCUCGACGGGCCCCUGGUUGCUGCGCAUACAUGGUCGGCGCUGGGCGAGACGGUGUAUGCCAACAUCAUGGCGCGGCCCGAUGCGCAGCGCCCACGCCUCGAGGAGCAGGACGUGCUCCUUGUGCAUCUCGCGCAGCAGCAGGAUGCGCCCGCCUCCCGCCAGCGACUCAGCCAGCGCACACUCACCGACGCCGAGCUGCGCGCGCUCGUGCCCACGCUCCUCGUCUCGGCUGCGCCGCUGGAGCACGCCAUCUCUGCCUCGUGUGGCCGCCUGGCCUCACCGCUCGGCAUGGCUUGCGUCAAGGUCCUCCGCGUCCUCCUUGGCUUCACCGAGCGGACGGCGCCGCCUGCGACGGCAGCGACGACGGCGGCGGCGGGCAGUGCCGACGCCACGCGCGACCUCCGCGAUGUGGGCUGCAUGGGCACCGACGACGUCGAGGAGCAGCGCGACGGCGUCUGGGAGCUCGUCCAGGUGCUUCGCGCUCGCCUGGAUGGGGACACAGCCACGCUCGACUCAGCACCGCCGCCACCUUUGCCGCAGCAGCAGGUGCCGCUCGACGCGCUGCCGCGGGACAGGCAGAGGCAGCCCUGCCACUUUGGCCUGCCUGCCCUCGUGCUCCACCUCGGCGCAGAUCUGUGGAGCGACAAUAUGCCGGUGCUGCUCGGCAUGUCGUCGCUCCUCGUCGGCGAGCUGCUCCCACACCCGCGCGUGCUCGAGGCGCUGCAGGACGACGGCGCCCAGGCCCAGCGCAUGGUCGAGCUGACGACGCUGGCAAAGGCGUGGAUCGACUAUGCGAUCCAGCUCGGCCUGAAGGCGCGUGCGAUGCGCGGCGUGCCCGACUGCGACUGGGCGCGCCUCGUCGAGCAGGGGGAGCAGCUUGCCUACAACGGCAUCAUGGCCGCCAUCGCGCCUGCUGCCUAA